AUGUUGGAAAAUUUAGUCGCUUGGGUUCUUAACAAUUAUGUAGGAGAAUAUUUAGAAAAUUUGAAUACCGAUCAGUUAAGCAUAGCUUUGUUGCAAGGACAGGUUGAACUGGAAAAUGUUCCCCUGAAGAAGUCGGCUUUGCGUAAAUUCGAUAUUCCACUAAAGGUAAAAUCUGGCUUGCUUGGGAAACUUACCCUAUCAGUACCAUUAACUCGUUUGCGAAGUGAACCAUGGGUUAUCAAAAUGAGUGAUUUACUGGUACUUCUGGAACCAUCAACAUCAGUUCGGUACGAUGUUGAGAAUGUAGAAAUCUAUGAGCAAGCUAAAAAGGAGCAGCAAUUAGAGGAUCUAGAAAAAUACCAUAAGAGACAAUUACUAAGUUAUUGGGGUUUGCCUAGCCCAGACAGUGCAUCGGAACAAAACUGGUGGGGGGCAUCAUUAGUAUCAACUAUCGUUAAUAAUAUUCAGUUAGUUCUAACUAAUGUUCACAUACGAUAUGAAGAUGAUGUAACAUUAUCGAACAAUAUACCAUUUGCUUGUGGUGUGCGUAUACAUAAUGUCAGCAUGCAAACUACAAAUUCACAUUGGGAAACUGGAUACAUGCAACCACGAGAUGGUGUAAAUAUGUUUAAAAAAUUAGGGAUAGAAGGUUUAUCGGUGUACUGGAAUUGUGGGCAGCGAGUCACUGGAGAAAUCAAGAGCUACAUGGAUCUUCAGUAUAUGAUGGCACCAGAAAUCAGUAAAGAUAAUGUGUGUAUCCUUCAACCGUUCAGUGCUCAUUUAUAUAUGGAAAGAAAUACGAACAAAUUUCCUUUGAAAACAUAUCCUUAUAUUCCUAGAUUUAAGUUUAAUUUGUGUCCUGAGAAAGUUGUAAUUGAACUGACAAAACGACAACUCUUGGAAAUGAGUUCAUUAGGAAAAGAAUGGGCUCGGUUUGACAGGUCACGACAACAUCGAAAAUGGCGGCCACUGACCACUGUUGGUGAAAAUGCAAAAGAAUGGUGGAAUUUUGCAUACAAUCGUGUACAGGACCAAGAAAGGCAAAGAAAAAUAAGACAUACUUGGAGUUUUGCUUAUAAUCGUGCAAAACAACUGAACUCAUAUUGUCGAGCUUAUCGACGGAGGUUACUAUCUUACUUGGAGACAUCUGCAAUCUCCGCUAGUCGUCAGUCGAAUAAAUUUAAUGAAAGGUAUGAAACCUCACAUUUUGGGAAUGCUUUUGGACAAAAUUAUGAUGCGGAACAUACGGAAGAAGUGGGAACAAUUACAACUUCAUCAAAUUUAACGACCACUGCUUCUUUAAGAAGAUCUGCAAACUCCGAGGAUUUAAUUUUGAUGAAACAAAUCGAAAGAGAUUCCAAUUACACCUAUCAUGAAUUACAAUUGUUUCGAGAAACGGUAUAUCGGCGGAUCCUUGCUGAAAAGGAAGCACGUCUGUGUAGCGAAAAUGGAUUGCAGUCGGAUGAUGAAAGUUUUGAAAACAUCGGCUUUCCUGUACUUCGCAGUGACUCAGAUACUGAUAGAACAACCAGUAGUAAUCAUUCACAUUCUGAAGAAAGAACAAAAAAUUCUGGUGGUGGAUUAUACAGUUGGUUGAGUAGUUGGAUAUAUGGUCCACAAAAAGAGGAAGCAAAAUCAGAAAAAAAGGAUCAUUAUGAAUCAAUGCUCGAUAUGUUAUCUACCAAUGAAAAAGAAAGCUCUUUUUCCACAGAUUUCAAGCUGCUUGAAAAACAGGUUGAAGAUGAAAUUUUGGAUGUGCUGAACGAGAGCAGGGAUGAUUCAACUAUACUACAUCGUGAUACUCUACUAGCGGAAGUAAAAUUGAAACUUGAAAGGAUGACAAUACGUUUUAUAGAGGAUUUUGAGAAUCGAAAAGAUGGAAGUACGCGAGUGCUGGCGAUGGAUCUGUGGCAGUUAGCAAGCUGUGUUCAUCUUAGCCCACGUCGCCAUAGUACGGCUGUGUCACUUACUGUUAAAGAUUUGAGUCUGCAAAGAUUAUGCACUUUCCCUGCGGAAGAUACAUUAAUCGACAAUACGCAAGAUGACGAAACUGAUAGACAAGAAAGCGAAUCGUUGAUGUUUGGAUUUGCCAAAGAAACAACUCAAAUCUUAUUUGCAAUUGGGAAAGCUGGAAGAACUAGUAAUCGAAAUACUUCAGAGUAUACCAAAAGCAAUGAUUUGAACGAUGCACUUUUCCGAUUAGCAUACCAUCGUCGUGCUCCAAAGAUGACGGUGACACACACGCUUGAUGUAAAAUGCAGUGAAUUAUCAGUACUGUAUAAUGAAGGUGCUUUUGAUGAUUUAGCUACCUUUUUCAACGAUAAAAGCACAAUAAAACAGGAUAAAAAUUUGGAUCCUAUAUUGAUGGAAGUUAUCACUGUCAUUGACUUCGUUAUUCAUUGUCCCCAAAUAAAAGUGGAGUUGCGUAGCAAACGGGGGAAUUUACUAGAUCGAAAAAAGAAAUCAGCAACGUCGACACCGUUUGCUCUGGGAGAUAUGAGGGAUUUAGUUGUUGGAAUAACAAAUAGAGAACAAUUUAUUACAACGGUUAAAAUUGAUUUUGAUUCGUUGGAAAUUAAAGAUUUGUUCGAGCCGACAAGCGAUGAAUUAUUAUGCAUAAGAAGUCAAACUUCUCUUAAGAAACAAAUGUCUGUCUCAUGUCCAAGUUUGAAUGUUGACGACUUACGGUGCAAAUCUUCUUUAUCUCAGCGACGUAUACGCAGUCUCAGUAAAAUAUUUUUUAUUUAUCAAGAAACAUCUCCAAGCGUAAAUUCACUACCUAGCACCGUGGAUAAUAGUAAAAAUGAAAGAUUGGGAAGCCCGCAGGAGAGUGCUACUUUCAAUAGUACUGCAUUAAAGAAUAUUGACGUUGUUGGUGCAUCUCAUUUCACUUGUCUUUUAAUUGGUAAAGAACACCCAUCUUUUGAAUCUGAGUAUAAAAAAGUAAGCUGUUUGAUAAACAUGGAUGUACCAAAAAUAGAAAUAUGUAUGAAUCGACGGAGUUAUACACUAUUGCUCGAUUUUUUUGGCUUGUUGGAACCAAAAGCGGAACUUCCAGAAGACUAUAUCGAAAUUCAAGCUCAUCCAUCUGCAGCUAGUACAAAUAUAGCUUUACAAGACCUAGAACCAUAUAACAUGAAAGUUAAAUUUAAUGCUGGAUUGAUACAAAUAGUGAUGAAUUAUCCAACAAAUAAAUCUCAGUUGGGUGUAAUCCGAGCAGAGGAAGUGUUUAUGAUUGCGGAGGCAAGGAUCAAUGACAACGAAGUACCAUUGGAAAUAUCGCUAUCGCUGGGAAAUUGUUCACUGUCGGAUAGUACACCUUUUUAUUCAGAAUUGUACAGUGAACGUGUUAAUCUUCGAGCGUUACCAAAUAAAAAGGAAGAAGUGGAACAAACUUUUCAUUCAGAUGACGAAAAUCAAAAACAUAUGUUACCUUCUCGCACAACUCUCCACAUUACCAAGUGUCUAUGUGCCACAUCAGCUGCAGCAAAGGGAUAUGACGCAAGUAUUAUGUUACGAAUACCACCAACAGUUAGCAUAUCAUAUGUUCAUACACAUCGUUAUUUUAAUGCAUUAUUGGAUUUUUGGCAGCAUUUUAUAGAGCUACAGAAUAUUGUCAUGCGAAAUAACAUUUCAUCUCCAAACAUUCAAAUGAACAAUGAUGUGCGAAGCAGGAUAAAGCUAAUUUGUGAAAUUGAAUGUCCGUGCGUUAUUGUCCUUCCACUCAAUCAAUUGUCUAAUCAAGUGCUUCUCUGUGAAACUGCUAAUAUUCGUAUCAAUAAUCGAUUCCAAUUAUCAUCUUUAAUUCCUAAGUUUCAGGAUUUCGAAAUUACGAAUGCUUUUGAUGAUGACGAUCACGAUUGCUGCAUUGAUUGGAUGUCAGUAGUUUGUACUGAAACAUCACUUUAUGAAGGCGUAAGGGUAUCAAACACCAAGGCUGGAGUUCGCGAAAUACCAGGUUAUGAAAGAGUGUGCUGCGAUAUGUUUCAGCAUUUUCAUUUCUUAAGUUCGCGAAAAAGUGUACUUUCGAGACCUUGUGAUUUGUUAAUAGAUAUUUUUCGAAACUUGGAUAUUUUUGUUUCUCACAGAGUACCAGACGUAGUAAUUACUACGUCGCUCGCCAACCUAAAUGUCAAGUUAACCACUGAGUUUUAUCGAUUACUGCGCGGCUUCUUAUCGAUGAACUUAGGUGAUGCUUUAGUCCUCGCAUCAGAAACAAUACCCAUCGAAGAAGUUAUUGGAGUGAGCAGUAAAUAUGCAUCGUUUUCAUUUCGAAUGACGCUCAUAAACGUUGAAUUUAAUUGUUUUGUGCAAUGUGAGAAUUCUCAAGGAUUUGUACCAUUAGCUGGAGUGAAAUUGAAUUCCUCACGCAUAUCAUUUGAUGUCUAUAUCGAUAAUCAGUCAGAACUAGAUUUAAUUUGCGAAAGUACUGAACUAAUCGACAUGCGAUUUUUUGAUAUGGAAUUUAAUAAUAGAGCGAAUGUUUUUUAUUCAGUUCUCUUUCCAUUAUCCAAGGCGGAUUCAAAUAGAAGUAAACUUAUGUCCGAAGCUCAUAUUGUUUUUAAGUGUGAUGAACCACCAGUAAUUACAUUGGUCCUAUUAAAUGCACGAGUGCUUUUGCUAUUAGAUUGGCUUAAUGAUGUGAAAAAUUUUUUCCUUCUUCAUUCCGACUUCAUACCGCCAGUGGAAGAUGCAUAUCGAGGCAUUGUACGCACAACGAAAUUAGGAAUUAUGGAAAGAGAUCCACAAAUUCAUGAGUCUGUGGAACAAACUUUUUCUUUAAAAAUCACACUAAAAGAAUGUGAUUUAAUACUUCUUGAAAAGCCAGAAUCUCUGCACAGUUUGGCUCUUGUUGCUCACACUACUGCUGUCUUGAAUAUGAACGAUGCACGCAAAUUGUUUAAUGUUAAUUUAGAGAUACAGCGAAUAAACUUGGACUGGUUUAUGAUGGCAUCUGAAAGUGAAAGCAGAUGUCAAUUAACGAAUGAUUUCUCGAUGACAAUCAGCCUUUCAGUGGAAAGUGAUACAGAUGUCGAAGGGCAACCUCCAAAACUUGGACUUUCUUCAAUUAUUCCCAUUAAACAUCAGCUUGUAGCUGAAAUUAGUGAUAUGGUGGCUAGGGUGUCAUAUCGAGACCUUCAUGUAGUUCGGAAUGUUCUCACUUCCUCACUAGAGAGAUUGAAUAAGUCGCUGGAAAAAAGUGCUGUUCCAAUACAUAAUCCUUAUUUGGCUGAAAGAGAAGGGCAUCAAUCACUGUUUUCCGCACAAUCAUGA